UUGAAAGUUGGACUUUGACCGAAGGUGGAGUGAGAAAGAGGGGAGAAGAAAAGUCUCACCUUCCUUCCCCCUUCCCUUCUCUCCGUGUCCUCCUUUACAGGAAAAAAAAAUACUACUCGGUAUUACGUACAUACAUAUCCUCUCUUGAGUCUAUAUAUACACAAGAAUCAAGAGACGACCAAUUCAAUUCACAGCUCAACUGAGCUCUCUUCCUGAUUUGAAUUUUCUUCAAAGCUAAUCAAUCAUCCAUACAGCUCUGUACUCCAGCUGUAUCAAGCACUGUUUACCGAGGAUUUUAUGUGUUAAGUUUCAAAGAGUAAACUCUGCUCCUACAGUUUGACCAUGGAGGGUGGAAUUCAUCAACGUACAGAUGGGGUUUUCUCUGCCUUGCUUGAAUUGUCUGCGACAGAUGAUUUACACGGCUUCAAAUCUGCCGUGGAAGAAGAGGGCUUCGGCAUAGACGAUUCAAGCUUGUGGUAUGCAAGAAGAAUUGGGUCCAAGAAGAUGGGGCUUGAGGAAAGAACACCCCUCAUGGUUGCUUCCAUGUAUGGCAGCACUGCGGUGUUGAAGUACAUAAUUGGUACUGGAAAGGUGGAUGUCAACCGGGCUUGUGGCUCAGAUGGGGCAACUGCUCUGCACUGUGCCGCAACCGGUGGCUCAGACUCUUCGGUUGAAGUCGUCAAGCUCUUGAUCGAUGCAUCUGCGGAUAUUAACUCUGUCGAUGCUAGUGGAAACACCCCCAGCGACUUGAUUGCUCGUAAUUCCAAGUGGUCAAGUUACUCAAGGAGGACACUCGAGAUGUUGUUGAAAGGUGAGGAAGUGGAUCUUAUUGAGCCAAUGCCCCAGUCGGCAAAGGCAGGAGGAAAUGAGAAGAAAGAAUACCCUGUUGAUGUAUCGCUUCCGGAUAUAAACACCGGAAUAUAUGGCUCUGAUGAGUUUAGGAUGUACUCUUUUAAGGUGAAGCCUUGCUCGAGGGCAUACUCCCACGACUGGACAGAGUGCCCCUUUGUCCAUCCGGGGGAGAACGCAAGGAGGCGCGAUCCAAGAAAGUACCACUACACUUGUGUUCCGUGCCCGGAAUUCCGGAAGGGGAGUUGUGUGAAGGGCGAUUCUUGUGAGUAUGCUCAUGGUGUGUUUGAGUCAUGGCUCCAUCCUGCCCAGUACAAGACCAGGCUUUGCAAGGACGAAACUGGUUGCGCAAGAAAAGUCUGUUUCUUCGCCCACAAGGCCGAAGAAUUGCGCCCCUUGUAUGCUUCCACAGGUUCCGCUAUGCCUUCCCCAAAUUCGCAUUCAGCCGGUGCACUGGAUCUCAGUUCACCAUCUUUGUUGAUGCCUUCUGUUUCAACACCACCCAUGUCUCCUGUGGCUUGUUCAUCACCCAUGGGUAGUGGUGGAAAUUCGUGGCAAAACAAGGUUAAUCUUAUUACCCCGCCUGCCCUACAGCUUUCCGGCAGUCGACUCAAGACUGCUUUGAGUGCUAGAGACUUGCAAUUGGAAAUGGAAUUGAUGGGGUUGGAGGCUCUCAUUAACCAAGAACAGCAGCGCCAGCAAUUGAUUGACGAGUUGUCCGGUCUCUCUUCCCCGUCGCGUUGGAAUAACAACAUGAUGGGGGAUUUGAAGCCUACUAACCUAGACAAUGCCUUUGGAUCUCUCGAUCCUUCUUUUUCGUAUCAAAUGCAGGGUUUGUCACCAAAAGUUGCAACCGCCACAACAACCAACACCCAUUUGCAAUCUCCCAAUGCCCUCCAAAUGCGCCAAAACAUGAACCAGCUUCGAUCAAGUUACCCUACCUCUAACCUUUCCUCAUCUCCAGUGAGGAAAUCCCCCAUCAAUGGGUUUGACUCCUCUGCGGCGGUGGCGGCAGCAGUCAUGAAUUCUAGGUCAUCUGCUUUUAGCAAGCGGAGCCAGAGUUUCGUUGACCGUGGAGCUGUGAACCACCACCACCGCCCUGGGAGUCUUGGGCUCACCGCUGCUGCUAAUUCUGCUAGUUUGAUGUCGUCCAAUCUUUCUGGUUGGAGUUCUCCUGAUGGGAAGUUGGAGUGGGGGUUCCAUGGUGAGGAGGUAAAUAAGCUUAAGAAAUCCGCCUCUUUUGGGUUUCGGAGUGGGAAUGCUACAAUGGCAAAAUCGGGAAUGGCGCCACCCACUGUUAAUGAGCCGGAUGUGUCGUGGGUGAAUUCGUUGGUAAAGGAUGUUUCCUCUGUUGGGGCCGGGCUAUAUAGUUCUGAUCAGAAGCGUGGAGGGGUUAAUGAGGCGCUCCCACCGUGGGUGGAGCAGUUGUACAUAGAGCAGGAGCAGAUGGUGGCAUAAGCAACUUCUCAGUUUGCUCCAGGAGUAACGUAACAAGAUUUAUUUAUUUGUCAUGAUUCUUAUUGAUGUCUGAUAUAUAAGAUAGCAGUAGAGAGGAGAAGGUAAGAUAGUACACAAGAUGCAGCCAGAUUAGACCUUUCGGUAGGAGGGAAAACUCAUCUCAGGUUUUUUAUAGGAGGUAAGAUGGGAAGGAUGUGUAAUGGAGAAAUGAACCUAUUUUUGGUUCUUUCUCUCUCUCAAUAUUGUUUCCAUCACUUUCUGGGAAUUAUUUAUUUGUUUUUUCCUGUAUUCCUUACGACGAAGAAGAAGAGGUAGUUGUGAGCAAGGGGUAUGUAUUUUCAUCUGAAAGAACAAAAAUACUCCAGCUUUUUCAGAUGGAGUGUAAUCUGAAUUGUAGAGUUGGAUCUGAAGAGACUCUUCUUUCAUCUGUUGUAGUACCUCAUAAAAUUUGUUGUCUGUAUUUUCCCAUGUAAAACUUUAUCCUUAUUUGAUUUUGCAAGCAAUCUAAAUUGUGGAUAUUUUGGAU